AUGGCCCCUAGACCAGCGUCCGAGACGUCCAAAUAUGCCAGAGAUGUGGGAAAAUUCCCCAAGAAAGUCUCCAAAGCCAAGAACAAACGCCUCCAGCAGGGCUUGAAGAAAGUUGAUCAGGAAUAUCAAGAGUUUGUGAAAUCAGCUGAAGCUACCGAUGUCUUGUUGCAAGAAGAGGCCGGUUUCUUGGAAGCCGAUGGCCCAAUGGAGAGAACAAUGAAAUUCCGUCAGGAUGAUAUUGUCGAAGCUGUGGAUGUUGGAACAGCCAACAAGAAACUAGACCUCCAACUUACCGAGUUGGGACCAUACACACUUGAUUUCAACCGUAAUGGACGUAAGCUUCUCAUUGGUGGUAAGAAAGGUCAUGUUGCCUCCAUGGACUGGCGCCUAGGCAAACUUGGCUGUGAGCUUUUCUUGAACGAAACGGUUAACGCUGUGAAGUACUUGCACAACGACAACUUCUUUGCUGUCGCGCAAAAGAAAUACACAUUCAUUUAUGACGGCUCUGGAACAGAACUUCAUAGAUUGAAAAAACAUGUGGAGCUGACUCUUCUCGAUUUCUUGCCUUACCACUUCCUUCUCGUCAGUGCCGGAUACUCUGGAAUGCUAAGGUAUCACGAUGUCUCCACUGGUGCCCUUGUCAGUGAGAUCAGAACAAAACUAGGGCCAACACAAGCCAUGAAACAAAACCCUUGGAAUGCUGUGAUGCAUUUGGGACACGGAAAUGGUACCGUCACUAUGUGGACACCCAGUCAAAAGGACCCGGUAGUGAAAAUUCAGUCUAACCGUGGUCCUAUCAGAGACCUUGCUGUGGACAGAGAGGGUAAGUAUAUGGUUGUCUCAGGAUCCGAUAAGAGAGUCAAGAUCUGGGACUUGCGUAAAUUGCAAGAAUUGGACACUUAUGUCAUUCCAACCCCUGCUAGAUCGGUCGACAUCUCAGACAGAGGUCUCAUUUCCGUUGGUUGGGGUCCACAUGUUUCUGUUUGGAAAGAUGCAUUCAAGACUCACCAAGAUGAACCAUACAUGACACACCUUCUUCCGAGCUCGAAAAUUGAAAAGAUCAAAUACGUUCCAUUUGAGGAUGUUUUGGGGAUUGGUCAUAUGAAGGGUGUUGGAUCAAUGAUUGUUCCUGGAGCGGGUGAAGCUAACUUCGAUGCUAUGGAGAUCAAUCCUUACGAAUCUGCUAAGCAGAGACAAGAGCAAGAAGUCCGCACUUUGCUUAACAAAUUGUCCCCAGACACAAUUGCAUUGGAUCCUAACUUUAUUGGUAUGGUUGAUAAGAAGGCAAGAAACGUUCGUUUGAACCAGACUCAAAUACAAGACUUAGAAGAUGAGGAGAAGAAGGAGAAGGAACGGUCAAGUAUGAAUAGUGGACCAAGCUACAAGCCUGAACAAACAAAACUCAAGAAAUACUUGCAAAAGAACAACGCCAACAUCAUGGAUGCCCGCAGAAUGAGAAUAGAAAGAAACUUGAAGCUAGAAGAAGAACGCAAGGAAAAAUUGAAGGCAAAGGAGUUGGAAGGUGAGGGCGAACCUGACGAAUUACUGCCAGCAUUGGGCAGAUUCGCCUAA